AAUCGGUAAAUAGUACAUUUUGAUGUCUACUUGCAGCAACCAUGGCCCCUAAAAGGAAUAAUGUUGUGCCCAAUGGGCAUUUCCACAAAGAUUGGCAGAACCGUGUCAGGACCUGGUUCAAUCAGCCCAUGCGAAAGAAGAGGCGUAGGGCAACAAGGGUCAAGAAAGCAAGAACAAUAGCACCAAGACCAGUUGCUGGACCUCUGAGACCUGUGGUUCGCUGCCAAACUGUCAAAUACAACACCAAGGUUCGAGCUGGUAGAGGUUUCACACUGGAGGAACUGAAGGCAGCUGGUGUGUACAAGAGGCAGGCCUUGGCCAUUGGUAUUGCUGUAGAUUAUCGUCGUAGAAACAGAUCUAUGGAGUCCCUCCAACAAAAUGUUCAAAGAUUGAAAGAAUACAAGUCUAAAUUGAUUCUGUUCCCCAAGAAAGCAAGCAAACCAGCCAAGGGUGAUGCCACUGCUGAAGAAAUCAAGAUGGCCACACAGUUACCUGGCACAGUUAUGCCGAUCAGACAGUCUAUCCGUAGAGAAAAGGCCCGUGCUAUCACUGCCGAUGAGAAACGUUACAACCCAUAUGUUGCUCUCAGAACUGCCAGAGCCAACAAGAGACUUCAAGGUUACAGAGAAAAGAAGGCAAAAGAAAAGGCACAAGAAGAUAUCCCCUCCGCUAAAGGCAAAAAGUGAUCUUGAUGUUACUUGUACAGUCAAUAAAGAGAAAAAUUAUGACAA